AAUCCGGGGCCCCAGAGCCCCGUUAACGUUGACGACGCUAGCCAUGCUUCCGCACUUUCCGCACCAGGGACCUCCACCCCACGCGUCGCCCAACGUAUUCGUAUCCUGCCAGCGAGGGCCUUUUGUGUCUUUGACACGAUUAUGUCUGUUCCCAUAAAUUAACACCAGACAUAAUGGACAAGAAAGUCAGCCUGCAAGAGCUCAUCCAGAACGCGGGUGUUGAGCCCAUCCCGGCUCGCGAGCCCUGUCUCCCUGCACCCGAGGCAUCCACAUCCACCGUCAGCAAGGAAGACGAUCAGCAAGCGAGGACCAUCCUCGAGAACCGGCGCAGAACCAACCCUGCGCAAAAACCAGUGCUGAAGCGCCUCUUCACCAGCACCUCAAAAGAGAAGGACAAGCCCCAAGACGCAGACGCAACGCAAUGGGUCUUUUCGCAUGAGGAGCUCGACCAGGCGCUUUCCGCCGUCCUGCGCACGCCCUCGACUAGUCCAGAACUUGUAAGAGCAUUCGUAAACAGAGGCGUGAACGUGAACAUCAUCGACCCGUGCGACAACAAGAAGAAAGGGAAACCCGCACAACCACCCCGUCGAAGCACCGUCCUCCAACAAGCCGCCUCGCUCCGCCGCCACCACUGCGUCGCCAUCCUCGCCAGCGCAGGAGCAGACCAGCGCACCCUCUCCGAAGCCCUCAAAUCCGCACUCACAAACAAAGACAAAGCGUGUGUGGAAACCCUCCUACGCCACGGCGCAGACGUGAAUAACUUCCCCACCGCGCUCGCCAGCACCGUCAAAGCCAAAGAUAUCGACCUCGCGCGCAUACUACUGCGUGCCCCCACCCCGCUCCGCACAACCAUUGUAUCCUCGUGUCUGCUCGUCGCGGUGCAGGCUUCAUCCGGGCCCCUCGCCGCCCUCCUGCUGUCACAUGGCGCGGAUCCGAACUUCGACGCCGCACGCGCUUUGAAUGAAGCAAUCGGGAUGCAGGACUACAAGCUCGCGCUUACGCUGGUUGCUGGUCCAACCCCCCUCUCGCCGCAGACGCUGCAGUGCUUGCUCGACACGGUGAUGCGGUUACCCACCCCGGCCGCCACGCUGCUGUAUCUGCAGCUUUUGUUCUGCUGUGGGCUGCCGCCUACGAGUAUUGGACUGGCGGAUCUGCUGGUUUGUACGGCGCGCAGGGACGAUGUGGGGGGGACGAGGAUGAUGUUGAGUUAUGGGGUGAGGCCGGUGGGGGAGGAGAGGCGGGGUGAUGUGAAGGUGGAGGAAGCGAUUGGGAAGGGUGCGGCGAUGCAUAUUGAGAGGGUGGAUGAUGUGGUUUCUUAGAAGAGGUAGAGGGGAUGAGGAAGUAUAUAAUGUUCUGCAUCUUUGUUCGGCGUUACAGAAUGCGAAUGGUUUCAUAAUGAGGAAAUGUUUAUGAGUGGGAAUUGUUCGCACACUUGUGCAUUGAUUCGAGAAACACGCAAAGGCAAAAUCAACAGUCAAUGACCUGAUCACCAACUAAUCAAUACAAACAUUA